CUCCUACCAUUGGCUCUUACUAUUUGUAACUUUUUAUCGUAUCUUAUAUGCGAAAGUAUUGUUGGAAAUAUUGACCCGGUUGCAUAAUUAUUCUCUCAAGGUUUCCCGGGACUAUAGCCGUAGUCGAACGUCCACUCGACACUUCUAGAAUAAUACAAUUAUUGAUAUGAAAGACUGGGUUGGAUUUCGUUGAACAAGAUGGAUUUGUUGGAUGUUUUGAAAGCCCACGCAUGCAUACAGCGUGUAGGCGCAUCCGGUGAACUAGCGCGGAAAGGAAGCCACGAGAGUCAGCCGCAGAAGUGGGAUAAUCCGGAAAGUAACGCCUCUCGAUACCUUGCUUUUGACAGUUAUAGCUCAGCUUUGGUAAGAAUCAGUCCAGGAAAGGGCUUCCUCCGUUCUAAUCCUACCUAUUACAUCUGUGGCUUCAAAUCUGCGCUAGUUCACCGGAUGCGCCUUGACGCUGUGGUAGGGCUAUCGACUAAGUCAAGAAGGCGUGAGCGGUCAGCAGGUAUGAGAAGAGCUAGAAAGGUCAAUAAAGGCUGCGAGCCCCAGGCGCGUACGAAGCUGUUUCUUCACACAAUUAGUAUGAUUUCCCAAACAUACCGCAAAACCACGUUCAAGACUAGCUCGGAAUCAAUAGAGAUAAGGGGAAGCUUCGAUGGCGGCACUCACGCUGAGCAGGCCUACUAACCCACUGCAACGUAACACCAUCUUCGCCACUCCCUCGACAUCACCGGCUUCAGCAAUCCUUUUGCUCUGGAAACCCGAUCACUGUUACCACAUUAGGCUUUGAAGUCCGCAUAC